AUGGCCAUAGCAGUUGUCGCUGCUGCCACCCUUGGCCUGGCAUUCUUGCUCUACCACCUUUGUUUUUCUCUCUUUAUAAGCCCUCUUACAAAGAUACCGGUGUCGCUCAACAGCACUUCCGCUCUGCGAAUCAUGUAUGGAGCCGGCAGUGCUUUCGAGCGGACCAGUUUCUACAACAUAUUUCAUGCCUAUGCCAAAUCGGCCAUGCUCAAAGGAGCCAAUGCAGCCAUAGUGGAAGCCAAGAUCCGCCAGUACUUGGAUCUGAUUGCCCGACAGGAAGGCUCGAAUGAGAUAUUUGCCUCAUUGCACUACUUUUCUUUAGACACUAUGACCGACUUCUUAUACGGGAAGUACGGGAAGACGUCUUGCUUAGAAGGUUCCGAAGCCGACCGCGCGUUGGUCGAUGAUAUAGUGGACGUUGCGCGCCGCAGAUUAUCCUGGUUCACCGUCCACCUACCACGCUAUACUGCAUGGUUGUAUUCUUGGACCGGCCUCUUUGGGAAGGUUGCCCGCGGCUCCUACCCAAUGCAGCUGCCAAACACGUACACAGGCGUCCGGCGCCACGUUAUGAUCGCAUGCCAGGAAUUUGCACGUAGCCCGGCUGCUUACGACCUCUGUGAGAGCGUGGAGCAAACGCCCCCAUUGAUUGCGAAACUGUGGAAGAAUCAUUACUCCCGAAAGACUGGUGGGCUGGACGACGUUGAUAUCGCUUCCGGGUGCGCCGAUCACCUUCUCGCUGGCAUAGACACCACCAGCGAUGCCCUGAUGUUUUUCAUCUGGUCGCUCUCCCAGCCCGAGAGCAACAGGUCCCAGCAGAAACUCGUUGGUGAGGUCCGCAGCAUAUCUCAGGAGAACCUCAAUGCACACCACAUUCCAAACGUCGAGGCUAGUGACAAGCUUCCUUAUGUAAACGCUGUUAUUAAAGAAACUCUUCGACUGUACGCUCCCUUGCCAGCCCCUGAACCACGGAAAGCCCCCACAGCUACCGUGAUUGAUGGCUAUCGUAUCCCAGCAGGAACGACAGUAUCUAUAUUGCCGUAUACUCUAUAUCGGAAUCUAAAAGUCUUCUUAGAUAUAAUGCAGUUCAACACUGAUCGCUGGAUGGAUCCCUCCCAGAAUACUGUCGAGAUAAGCAGGUGGUUCUUGGCAUUUCUAGUGGAAGCAGAAUGUGCAUUGGACUCCAAAAUGACUAGAUUAGUGGCCGCUGUAUAUCGUAAGUAUACUACUACUACUAUUUGUGAUAUUGAUAUCGUUUCUCCUGGUAUUAUAAGCCGCUACGAAAUGUUUUAUGAUGAAGGAUGCGGCGGUGUAAAGGUGAGUUUUGGCUUCCAUUACUAUUGUACUAAGAUGAAGGCCUUGCCCUCUCACGAUAUAUCCCAGGAGCACAUCCACUUCAAUACCUUAAACUGGGGGAUUUGA